AACUCUUCUGGAGUAGUUUUAUACUCUCAGUCGAUGCCUGAAAUGGAGGAAUUAGUUAAAAGUCGAAAACAAAGUGAGAAGAGAAGAGGGAAAGGUACUUUUUCUGUUUUACGUUCAGAGGAUGGACCUUUGGAAACUGGAAAAGAGGCAGAAGAAAGUGAUGGUUGCAGCUAUAGUGAAGGAGAAGAACUUGAUAGGCCUGCUUCAGUUGCUGCCGAAGAGUUGUUUGACCACGAUGAGGAACUUAUGUUUUUGGAAGAGACAGUUUCUCAACACUGCGCUGUAGCGGAUGAGGAGGAUGAGGAAACUCCUGUUGAGUCAGAGGAACUUCAUGAGGACCAUUACCCUCCAGUGGAUGAUUCUGGAAAUAAUGCUGGUUUUCAGAAUAUGAAGAGUGAAAACUCUAAGAGUGAAGCGAGUUCUUCAGUAACUGCAGACAUAGAACGGAGUAUUCGGGCUGGUAGUAUGCCUUUUGUAGGGGUGGAAAUGAUUGACAGGAAUUACUUGUUUUUAUUGUUACAGCGAUUUCAAGAGGUUGGUUGGAGAGAAGAUCCACAGUUAUUGAGAAAUAUUUUUUCGCCUCUCGAUGCCCGUAGAGUUAUUAAGGAAGUCACCAAUAUUGUGUCGAAUGAACCGACUAUUUUAGAAAUAUCUGUACCAGAAGGUGGUAAUGUACGAGUUAUUGGUGAUAUACACGGCCAUUUAUAUGAUCUUGGAAGUAUUUUGAAACUCUGUGGAAUGCCUAGUGAAAGGAAUUUUCUUUUAUUUAAUGGUGACUAUGUAGACAGGGGGAGUUGGGGAGUGGAGGUCUUGUUGAUUUUAUGUAUACUGAAGUUAUGGAAGCCGAAGCAGGUUGCUCUUUUACGGGGCAAUCAUGAAAGUUCUUAUUGCAACGUCAUCUACGGUUUUCGACGAGAAUGUUUGCAAAAAUACGGAAUUAAAAUGUAUCUUACUUGCCAGAAUUUGUUUGCGAAUUUGCCAAUAGCUGCUGUUGUGAGUAAUCGGCCUUGCCCUUCCAACUGCAGUUAUGUAUCCUAUCCCAUACCUAUGGAUAGUGUGACAAGUGAUGAAGAAAAGAGUUGGAGUUCUAGUUUUUCUACCUCUUUGAAGGGACUUUUCAGAUUACCCAAAUCAAGUUCUCCCCCUAGUAAGCUGAAGAACUCAAAUUUGAGAAGCCCUAUUAUUAGCAAUACUUUGGAAACCAGUCGUCAACAAAAGUGUCAAAUGGGUGGAGAGAAGGAUAUGGAUUACUCUACUGGGUCGCUUCCUGAUCUUUCUCCUUCUUCUUCUUUUCAUAACAAUGAAAAUUGUCCUUUCAUUCAUCGACCUCCACAUUAUACUUUACCUCUUGAACAAGGAGAAAAGCGAGUAUUAGUUUUACAUGGAGGUUUAUUUCGCAAGGCAAAUGGAGAUAUGGGCGAUUUAAAGGAUUUAAUGGAAGUUCGCCGCAACUUGGUUGAUCCUCUUGGCACAAUAGAAGACGCAUUAUGGUCGGAUCCCGAUCAUAUUUGUGGUUUCGGUCCUAAUCGUUGGAGAGGAGCUGGAAUUGCCUUUGGUCCAGAUGUGACUAUGCAGUUUUUGAGAAGUAAUCGUCUUCACUUUUUGAUUCGUUCACAUGAAGGACCAGAUGCCAGAGAGAAACGAACUGAAUUUCCAUUACUAACACAGGGAUAUUCUGUCGAUUUCAAGUGUUUGAAGAAGGUAUCGUCUCCAUUAUCUUCCUCUCCUCCUUCCAAAACGCCAUUUACUACAACUAUUCCUGAAACAACUCGAGAGUUUUCAAAACAACGCGAAACGACAGGUGAAGAGAGACCCAUCGUAAUUACUGUGUUUUCGGCACCUUGUUAUCCGGAAGGUCCCAAUGCUAGGAAAAACAAAGGAGCUAUAUGCAUAUUGGAUGAGCUAUUGGAACCGCAAUUUGAGACUUUUAGUGCAAUGGAAAGACCUGCACGUUCACAAACGACCAAUCUAAUGUUUGGAGAUUUGGCAAAAGAACUGAAUGAGGCCUCUUUAGAACGCUCCAAAUUGGGUCGCAUGUGGCUCAAGUUGAGUGGUCGAGGCAAAUGAUUAGAGUUGGUCACUAUUUCUGUUUUUAU